AUGCCAGAUUUGGCGUUGCUUUGGUUACUAGGGUAUGCAUUAGCAGGGGCAUCCAUGUCAUGGGCUACUAUUGAUAGUUACCAAAUGCAAGUCCAAAACCAGUGCAGCUAUACUAGAUAUCCAGGCCUCUGUCUCCAGACCAUGAAGGAGUUCCAAAAUCACCAUCCUGUAGAUAUCAUGUCUGCUCUUCUUAACAAAACAAUAUCUGAGACCAGACUGCUGUCUAAUUCCUACUUCGAAAUACUAAGCUCCCAAUUGCAAGUCCAAGAAGCGGAACGUGCCCUCUCCGUCACAGCCUACUGCAAAAACAUGAUGAGUAUGUCUCUGAAACAGUUAGAGCAGUCGUUAUUGGCACUCAAAGAUUCUCCAAGAAAAAACAAGCAUGACAUACAGACAUGGCUAAGUGCUGCUUUGACCUUUCAACAAGCUUGUAAAGAUUCAACCGAGAGCCUUGGUCUCUCUGGUGAACACAUGCCAGAUAUUUCUAGCAAAAUGGAUUCUCUCUCUCAACUGGCCAGUAACUCUUUAGCCCUACUCAACAGGAUUACUGGUAAUUAUGGGACUAAGCUGAAAAACAGCACAAAAAAUCAAAGCGUAGAGGAGGAAUCGCAAGGUUUUCCCAAAUGGGUAUCGACGAAAGAUCGAAAACUACUUCAAACAAGCACCAUCAAGGCCAAUGCUGUGGUCGCAAAAGAUGGAACAGGGAAUUACAAAACGAUAUCGGAAGCUAUCAACGCUGCUCCUGGGAGACGGUUUGUGAUUUAUGUGAAGUCAGGAGUUUAUAAAGAAAAAAUUCGUAGCAAUAAAGAUGGUAUCACCUUAAUAGGAGAUGGUAAAUACUCUACUGUAAUUGUUGGUGAUGACAGUGUUGCUGGUGGCUCCUCCAUGCCUGCCUCUGCUACAUUUAGUUAG